UCCUCCUCCUCUAUCUUCGCAUCUGGCACGAGCAGCCAAGCAAAUAAAAGUAGAGCGGCGAGCGACGACCGGCCUGGGCCACUCUUUCGGCCGAGCGUAGCCAGCAGGUCGUCGUCGUCGUCGUCGUCGCAGCACCCGGCCGGCUAGCAUGGCCACGAGGAGGCAGUGGUGGUGGUGGUGCCUGCUGCUGCUGGCGGCGUGGUGCUGCGCCGCGGCCGCGCAGUCGCCGCCGGCGGCGGACCCGCUGCAGAGCAAGUGCCAGGGGGACUUCGGGAAGCUGACGGACUGCAUGGACUACGCGACGGGGCACGCGGCGUCGCCCUCGUCCACCUGCUGCGGCGACGCCGGCGACACGGAGAAGGCGCGCCCCGAGUGCCUCUGCUACAUCAUCCAGCAGACGCACACGGGGCGCAACCAGGUGCAGUCGCUCGGACUGCGCUUCGACCGACUCAUGGCGCUCCCCGCCGCCUGCAACCUCCCCAACUCCAACGUCUCGCUCUGCAUCACCCUGCUGAACCUGAAGCCGGGCUCUGCGGACUACGCCCUCUUCGCCAACGCCUCCAAGAUCACGCCGUCAGCCGGCGGCAACCCUGCGAGCGACAGCGCCGCGGGCAGCGGCGUCAAGCUCCGGGCUGGGGUCAGCGGCGGCGUCGCGCUCGCCGUGGUCUCCGCGAUCGCCUCGUCACUCUUCUGAUGGACCGACCUCCUCUCAAAGGAGCAGCGGCGGUUUUUUUUUACCCUCCUGUGGAUUCGUUCUCGUGCUGCGUUCCGCUAGCCCAUGUCUACUCUGUACUAUCUCAUAAAAAAAAAUAGAUCCAGCUGAGACGUUGUUCCCUCCCUCUUUCCCUGUACCGUGUUUCAUGGUGACUUGUGACAAUGGAUGGUUUCUCCUUGUGCGUCGCCA